AUGUGUGCUGUGGGCGAGAAGCUCGAGCGUCGUCGUUGGCUGUUCGACAAAGUCUUACCUGGUAAGUCUCGUGGCGGCGCUGGAAUAAGUCAAUCGCCGGCCUUGCUUAGCAAUUUGCUCCGUUUCCAACUGUCGAAUUCUCAAGCUCUCUGCUUUUUGAGACAAAUCAACCAUUACAUCCAGUCCUCGCCGACCUCAGCGCAACGAUACGAGAUGGACGAGGCUCAAGGCGCAAAUAACGGUCCAAUGGACCGUCACGACAACACCCGCGUCCCAAAGCCCUACCUCCAACGCCUCCCGGCAGAGAUCAUCGCCCAAAUCGCAACAGAGGUGCACCGCUCGGUCUACGCAGAGGUAGUCUGGAGAGAUCCAGGGAAUGAGAAAGCGGGCUUUAGCCUUCUUGAGAAGAAACGCUUGGAUCUGCUCAGUCUGCGAAGAACAUGCCGGCACAUUCGCCGGUCCAGUCAAGACGUGUUCGACCAGGCUUUCUUAAGGAUCGCGAAGGUUCCACUCAGCGCUGUCGAGAUCGAUCGAGUGUUGAGCGUGUUUGGUCCUGUUAGAGCUCUGGACAAGAUCAUCGCCGUCGAGCUCAUCCCUCAGGCUACGCUACACGAGGAUAAGCGAGUUUUGCACAACAAACUCCAAGCUUUCAUCGCCAGCACCACUUCCAUCAAGGGUUUGAAGGUCUACAGGCCUUUCCGCGACCUUGGGAACUGCCCUGUCGUGACUCCCGAAGUCUCGGGUCUACUCCAAGGAGUGACAAGCAUACCAGCGCGUCUCACCAGCCUGUAUCUGGCCUAUUGUGCAUUCGAUGAGGAAGCAGAUGUCAACAUCUUGCUAGGGAGCUGCGCUGCUACCCUGAACUUCCUUCGUCUGACCACUGUGCGGCUUGAGAAUGGUACCUGGGAAGAAACCCUGGCCAACCUCCGCGAUUACACUGCGCUGUACACUCUCGAACUUUCAGAGUUGCAACAGUUCCAUCACAGAGAAACAGGACGUCUGACCUAUUUCGAGCGCGGUAGAAGCAUUGCAGCAACGGGAGAGCUUGAGACUUAUGGGAUUGCCGGAUCUUGCGCUUCCGCCAAGGGAAAGGGUGCAGCCCGAUUUGUUCUGAACAGAAUGCUGGGUCGUGCGAACAGUCCCCUGUACGAUCCGAACAUAGUGGAAAGGCUCUGA